CCUUUCCUUUCUCCUCCCCUCUCCUCUUUCCUCUCCUCUUUCUCUUCAUUGCUGGUUGCUCACACCAACCAGCUCACAGCCAAAGAGCUCCUCUGUCCCUCUCACACUGAUCGGGCUUUAACUCAAAAUUUUCUCUCCAAAGACAUUACUCCAAAGGAAGUUUUUGCUCGAGUUUAAAGGACACUUGUAACCAAAGGAGAGGUGUGACAGAGAGGAAGAAGAGUAACCGGCUACAAGUGAAUCAGCAACACCUUUAUGGUGUUUCCAUCAAAGCUGAAAGGAGUUCACGUUCCUGCACAUUUAUCAGAUCUGAAGAUUUCCAGUGGCAGUCAUGACUCAGAGCAGCAGGGUGGACCCUCAGAGGACCCAGAGUGGUCUCCACCGGAUCCGAGCAGGGAUCCAGUCCCGGUCGCUGCUGGCCAAGAAGAGAGUGGAGAACAUCUCAAAGGAUGACGUGAAAGGAUUCUUCAUAAGAAAUGCCUUUGUGCUCUUCACGGUCGCUGCUGUUAUUAUUGGCAUAAUCCUGGGAUUUGCCCUGCGGCCUUAUAAAAUGUCCUACCGUGAUGUGAAGUUCUUCUCUUUCCCUGGAGAACUGCUGAUGAGAAUGCUUCAGAUGCUUGUGCUGCCUCUGCUGGUUUCCAGUCUCGUCACAGGUAUGGCUGCUUUGGAUGGCCGUGCUUCCGGUAAAAUGGGUAUGAGGGCAGUGAUCUAUUACACCACCACUACUGUCAUUGCCGUGAUCAUCGGUAUCAUCAUGGUGCUCAUCAUUCACCCUGGAAAAGGAUCAAAGGAUGAGUUCUCCAAGCAAGAAAAGGUGGAGCAGGUCAGCCCUGCUGAUGCCUUCCUAGACCUUAUCAGAAAUAUGUUUCCUCCUAACCUUGUGGAGGCUUGCACCAAACAGUUCAAGACGCAGUAUGCCAAGAAAGUAGUCCACGUGACGAUUACAGUGAAUGAGACGAUACUGACACUCAAUGAUAGCCAGGAGAUGACCAGGGAGGAGAUGAUUCCAGUGCCAGGGCAGGUAAAUGGUAUCAAUGCUCUCGGCCUGGUGGUGUUCUCCAUAUGCUUCGGUCUGAUCAUUGGGAGCAUGAGGGAACAGGGACAACCUCUGAAGGACUUCUUUGACUGUCUCAAUGAAGCCAUCAUGAGGCUGGUCGCCAUAAUCAUGUGGUACGCCCCUAUUGGUAUCCUGUUCCUCAUCGCUGGUAAGAUUGUGGAGAUGGACGACAUCACAGCCAUGGGUGGUCAACUGGGAAUGUACACAAUUACAGUCAUCUGUGGCCUGCUUGUCCACGCUAUCAUUGUCCUGCCAUCGCUCUACUUCGCCGUCACCAGGAAGAAUCCCUUCGUUUUCAUUGCUGGGAUCUUGCAGGCACUUAUCACUGCUCUGGGAACAUCCUCUAGUUCUGCCACAUUGCCCAUCACUUUUAAAUGCCUGGAGGAAAACAACAAGGUGGACAAGCGAGUGACCCGUUUUGUGCUCCCUGUUGGCGCCACCAUAAACAUGGAUGGCACAGCUCUAUAUGAAGCCCUGGCAGCCAUCUUUAUCGCUCAAGUCAAUGAUUAUGACCUCAACUUUGGACAAAUUCUCACCAUCAGCAUCACUGCCACAGCAGCAAGUAUCGGAGCAGCUGGAAUCCCUCAGGCAGGACUGGUCACCAUGGUGAUAGUUUUAACGUCCGUAGGCCUGCCCACAGAUGACAUCACCCUCAUCAUUGCAGUUGAUUGGUUCCUGGAUCGAUUGCGCACCACCACUAAUGUCCUUGGAGACUCCAUUGGUGCAGGCAUAGUGGAACAUCUGUCUCGCCACGAGUUGCAGAAAAAGGACCCAGAGGUUGGCAACUCUGUGGUGGAGGAGGCAGACAAGAAGCCUUACCAGCUCAUCUGCCAGGAGAAUGAAUAUGAGAACGAGAGGCCUCCUGACAGCGAGACCAAGAUGUAGGAGUUAUGCAGGAGGCUGCGUACGUUCUUCGGAAAACCAUUGCAUUGAACCACAUUCUCAACUAAGCUCUUCUUAAUUUGCAAACCUUCCUCUCAAGAGAUUAGAGGGCUCAAAUUAAACAUAUCUACAGCUAGAAUAUUUCAACCAAGAUGAGUUCCUCUAAGGUGUGAGUUGUGGUGUGGGCUUUACUGACACACUGCACACUUGAAGUGGUUCACUGCUGCAUUGUUUUUCUAAGAUUUUAUGAUUUAAGAGUACUAUAUGUAUCUGCCAUAGGACGGCAGCUGUUUACUAUUAAGAAUGGACUGCUUUAGUGCCUGGUGGUCCGUGGCCUGCAUGCCAUAUUCAACUCCUCUCAGAACUGUGAUGACUAAUCUCACCCACUAGAGGUCAGUGUUGCUGUGUGUCCUAACACCGCAGCAGAUUACAGCCCAUACCUGCACAGACUUUUUUUUUUUUUUUGGCUUUAAGGUUGUUGCUUUUAUUUUGUUUGAGUCUUGUUGUAUAUGGAAAAUGUGAGUUUAAAGGUAGUGAAAAUCUAACUGGAGACGGAUGUGAAAAGUGUUGGAUAUCACGCACCUACACUAGGGUGACCAGGCCGACUACUUUGGGGGGAAAAGGGCUGUCUAUUUACAAACUUCUGUACAGAUACGUGGCUUUAUUUUCUAUGACUUGGUGUACAGAUUCAGCUGAACGAAUGAAUGGCACACAUACACAUUUUUUCCUAGGCAAAAGCUGUCAGAACAUCUAGGCGACUGUCCAACCCUCAAACCAAUCACUACAAUCAUUAAAAGUGACAAACCAAAAUCACUCAGCCAGGUUUUACCUGUAAAUUUGCUCUGCUGAGAAUCAAAUCAUAAUUUUAAGGCAUUGUAUUACAACCAAAAAAGGACCAAAAUAUCAUCUAUAUAAAUUUAUAUUUUCAAUUAAAUCAUGCCUGCAUGUACCCAAAUAAAUCGCUAACCUACAAAAUAAUACAGUAUACACGGUUUAUUCAGAACAUAGUAAUGAUUUUACUUGGUUAUGCUGAUUGUGUCAGUCCCUUACACAGGCCCUCUAACAUGGACAUAGAGCUAAAACAUAGUGGACUGAAACAUUUAAGUGUCAGUCUGACAUAUUUGUUUGAUACUAAAUUAGAAAAAUGGUAGUCAACGAUGUGUGAUUUCCAUUUUGCUAGACUGUACUGAAAUCUUGUUUAUUCUCAAUUCAGCUUUCUUAGAUACUAAAUCUAGAGUUUAUUUCAUUUGAUUUAAUAUGGAUGCAUGGUGUAAAGUCGUGGAUUUCACUUAACUGCCAUCUUUUAUUUUAGCUAGCUUGAAUUUGUAUUUCUUUUUUUAAUUUGAGCUAAUUCAGUUGGCUUAUAUAUAACACAUGUAACAUUUACAUAGGAGUUGCUUUGUAUAGAAGAUCUUUUGGAAUAUACUGUACUUGUAUAGAGAUAUGUAGAUAAACGUGUACAUUAAUUGUAGAAUUACAUUGUAAAGCGUUACUUGAGGAUUGCUUUAAAGAUGCUGUAAUUGUGCUCUUGUCAAACCUAAUGACCAAACUAACAAUCCCUUUAGUUCCUUUUACAAAUGCAAAACUGGCUGAUUUAAAAGGACCAAAUGUUUCCCUUUACAGACUUGAAGAAAUGGAAUAGUUUCUUUGUUUACAGUUGCUGGUGUCUCUCUUGAUAUGACUUGUUUCUCUCACUCACAAACACACACACACACACACACACACACACACACACACACACACACACACACGUACACACACAUGACUGAGUAAUAGUUGUACUUUUAUCUUGCAUGGAUUUUUUGAAUAAAAA